AAUUGAUAAAAAAAGAAAAGAUAAUAAAAAAAACAAGAAUUUUUCCCGUCCGUCAGGCCGUCAGUCAAGAAAUUCUAAUUUACGAUACAUUUUCUAAUAAUUUCCUAAACAAAUAUUAAUAGAAACUGUUUAUGCGGAUGUAAGAUACACAAACACAAUGGAAGUGGUCGGUGUUUGCCGCUGCUGCCUUGCCCAGGGCUCGAAUAAAGACUUGCAUUCCAUUUACCAUUGGCUCGACAAAAAAGAAAUCUACGCAGAAAUGUUGAUGGAAUGCUUUAAUAUAGUUCUAACACCUUCUAAUAUAAAGCCGGCUGGUAUUUGUGACGAGUGCAUCAAAAGUCUCCGCAGCUGUGUGGACUUCAAGCAGCAGGUCCUGCAAGCUGAUGAGGAGUUCUCCAAGAAGUUGCAAUCUAUGGAAAUUGAGGAGGAGGAUAAAACAAGAGCAAAAAUAAUUGAAGUAAAAGUUGAGCCGAAGGUGGAGAGUGACGUUGAUUCUGAUGAUUACUAUCUGGCAGAUGCUGUACGAAAUUCACCACCGAACAAGAUAAAAAGUGAGAGUGCACCUGUGAAAAAGAAGGCGGAGACUAAACGGGCUAAACCCAAGUCCGGCACCGCCAAGAAGACACCAGCACCACCUGACAGCCCGUGGAAGAAUGAGAAGAUUAAAUCGCUCGUGUCCAGGCUUGCUACUUCUAUCAAAUCCUGCGAAAUGCCAGACAUAAAACCGAGAAAGAAGUUAGAAAUCAAAACCAAACAGCGACUAGAACUCACCAUACCAAGGGAAAGUAAAAUCAAUCUACUAUGGACCGGACAGCCGCACCACGACAAGCAUAAACAUAGGCAGAACCUUCAAACUAUACUGAAGUACUCUAACGCUACACCGUUUACCAACAAAACCCUUUUGGGAUACUCCUGUGGGUAUUGUGAGCUCUCCUUUCCAGACCCAGCUGACUUAAGACUACAUACAGAUACAGCUCAUUCAAAAGAACGCCUAGACUUCAAGUCCAACUUCGAUAUGAGAGAAUACAACGUCAAAAUCGACGUCACAAACUUAACUUGCACCGUAUGCCAUGAAAAAAUGGACAACCUCACCGUUUUUAAGGACCAUCUCACUAAGGAACACGGUAUCAUCAUACAUACGGAUAUCAAAGACCAUAUAUUGCAGUUUAAAUUGAAGAAAGGGGAAGUCUAUGAUUGUGUGUUGUGUUCCUCUACUUAUGAGACAUUUAAAAUGCUAAAACAACACAUGAAUAAGCAUUACAGUAAUUAUAAUUGCUCACUUUGUGAUGCUACGUUUGCUACGAAGAGGUCCUUGAACGCUCACCGGACUACCCAUCAAGAAGGCAGCUUUAAAUGCGAUCACUGUGAAAAGGUAUUCGCUAGCCGCACUAAGAAGCAUUAUCAUGAGAAAAUGAAGCAUCUAGGUGCAAGGAAUAUUUCAAACUGUCCAUAUUGCAACGUGCCCUUCCGAAGUUACUAUCAACGGAAUCAACAUUUAGUGAAAGUGCAUAACAACGAAGCUCAGUACAAGUGUAAUGUGUGUAGUAAAUCGUAUAUUUUAAAGAGUUUGUUAAUGUAUCAUAUUAAAAAGAGUCAUUUGAUGGAACGGAACUGUCAGUGUACGGAAUGUGGUUAUCGGUUCUUCAGUAAAAAGGCUUUGAAGGCUCAUAUGGUGAAGCAUACCGGUGAACGGAUAUACUCUUGUGAAGUCUGCCACAAGUCCUACGCUAGAAAGUAUACGUUAAGAGAGCAUAUGAGGAUACACAAUAAUGAUAGGAGAUUCAAAUGUGAGGUAUGUAGCAUGACUUUUGUACAGAAAUGUAGUUUGAAAAGCCAUUUGUUGUCUAACCAUGGCAUCAGUUUGGCUGCUAGCGAGAUUGUCCAGAAGAGUUAGUUCGUUAUUGCUAUUGUAAAGUGACUUUAAUAGAGUAGAUUACUAAU